UUUUUUUAAUUAGCUGACUUUUAGAAAUGGACUACGUAAAAAUGUUCUUGUAGUACGUUAUCAGGCGUAAGAUAGUAUAGACGAUCUUUGGUUACGCCCAGCAGCGCAAAGGCUGCUGGGACUCGGCUGUCAUGGCUCCGAACCUAAACAGAGAGCUUUGAGUAACACAUUUAGUUGUAGUAUUGAGCCAAAAUAACUUCCGCUACAUGUUAUCUGUAGUUAUCAGCCGGAUAAACAAAUGCCAGGGGAAAACAUGUCCGGGGUAAACAAAGGCAUCGAGUUACAGCUUCAGCUGCGGCACAAUGCGGAGGAUCUGCACAGCUUCAUGGCGGAGCUGGAGGGCUGGGAGACGGACAUCAAGAAGAAGGAUGCGGAGCUGAGGACGGGAGGACCUCCGGAGGCCCAGAAGAAGCUCCCGCCGGUGCGCAACAAAGACUACAAAACAAAGAGGGAGAGGAAGAAGAAGAAGAAGAAGAAGAAGGAGCCGCCGCCGCCGCCGGGCAGCGGCGACGCGAAGCCGGAGGAGGCCAAAGAGGCAUCGAGGAUAAAAGCAUACGACUAUAGAUCGUGGGACACGUUCGACGUGGACAAAGCUCUGUCGGAGGUGGACAAGGAGGAAAGUCCUGCAGAGUCAAACGAGUCCGACUGUGAGGAAGCGCCAGCGGAUCAGGAGGAAGCUCUGUGUGAGAGGAGGAAGGGCAACGCGUUUUUCAAAGAGGGGAAGUACGGCGAUGCAGUGGAGUGUUACACCAGAGGGAUGGCUGCCGAUCCGCACAGCGCCGUGCUCCCCACCAACAGAGCCACCGCCUUCUUCAGACUCAAAAAGUAUGCUGUGGCCGAGUCUGACUGCAACUUGGCGAUCGCUCUGGACGGCAACUACUUCAAAGCGUUCGCGCGGAGAGGAGCGGCACGGGUCGCGCUGAAGAAAUACGAAUCUGCAUUAGAAGACUACGAGGCGGUUCUCAAGCUGGACCCCGGGAACGUGGAGGCCCAGAGCGAAGCGGGGAAGAUCUCUGAGACGAUCGGCCAUCGAGCGCCGGGUGGAGCCGCUCGGCCGCCGGAGGCUCCCACGGAGAACCCUGAGCAGCGGAGACGGGUGGAGGAGCAGCAGAGGAGGCAGGAGGCGGCUGCACACAAAGACAGAGGCAACGCCUACUUCAAAGAGGGCAAGUACGACGCGGCCGUGGAGUGCUACAGCCGCGGCAUGGAGGCGGACGGCGUGAACGUCCUGCUGCCCGCCAACAGAGCCAUGGCCUUCCUCAAGCUGGAGAGGAAUGAGGAGGCGGAGGAGGACUGCAGCAGAGCCAUCGCCCUGGACGGCUCUUACUCCAAGGCCUUCGCCCGCCGGGCCACCGCCAGGGUGGCGUUGGGGAAACUGGAGGAGGCCAAACAAGAUUUUCAGGAGGUGUUGAAACUGGAGCCGGGGAACAAGCAGGCCCUGAACCAGCUCCAGAAACUCCAGACUAGCGCGGCGUCCAGCGCGGCGUCCAGCGGCCUCCUCCAGACCCCAGACGGCACGCAGAGGAGAACCGUUCAGCCGGUAGACAAACCAACACAUCUGCGCUCAACGAAACCACUGAGGAGGCUGGAUAUCCAGGAAGUGAGCGGCGAGGCGACGCUGUCUGAGGCGGGGGCCGGGGGGGCCAUGGAGGAGGCCGGGGGGGCCAUGGAGGGGCCCGGGGGGGCCACGCUCCUCAUCCAGGAGGAGGGCGGGGGGGCCAUGGAGGGGGCCGGGGGGGCCACGCUCCUCAUCCAGGAGGCCGGGGGGGAAUCGUCUCCGCUGUCAUCGUCGCCCAGCGCCAAGAUGAUCAAGAUCGAGGACGAAAUCCCCUCAAACACAUCCAACCAAGUCGCUGUGAGCAGCCGGACCAAUCAGGCGGCGCGGAGAGGCCCCGCCCCCCCAGCCGCCCUGCCCCCCCCACCCGCCAGCAGCUUCCAGCUGGAGGCCGACCUCCGCAAGCUGGGACACCAACCGGACCUCGUCUACAGAUACCUGAGGCAAAUCAAACCCGAGGCCUUCGCUGACAUCUUCCGCAACUCGCUGGAGCCGGAGCUCCUGAACCGGCUGCUGAGCGCGCUGCACGGCUUCUACAUGAGGUCCUCACGCUGCGAGGCUCAGGCGCCUGACGCGCUCUGGCGCUUGACAUGUUCGGCCCCGGAGAAGAAAGGUGGGGGUCUCCACACACACACACACACACACACGAUGAUGACACGCUGUGCUCCCGUUCUCUCCCCAGAGCUGAAGGAGCUGUUUGACUUCCUCCACCAGGCGGCGCCGGAGGGAUCGUCGGUCGCCGCCCUGCAGCAGAAGUACGGCGUGUGACGCCGAGACGCUUUAAACCAUUUGAAAACUCCAUGACUUAAACUU